CUGAGCACAUGUUCUCACAGAACCUGCACUGCCUUCUGAGAAGUGGCAUGCGCUCCAGAAGAGAGAUGAAAACGCUACAGCUUCUGGUUCUGACUCUGCUCACACUGACCGGUGUUCUCUCAGAUGAUGGAUGGGAUGUGAAUUAUCCUGAGCCUGAGAUCUGCGCUGUGAGAGGAUCUGAUGUCAUCAUUUCCUGCACUUAUUUCUACCCAAAGUCAGGGCAGCAGGUGGAAAGAGUUUUGUGGUGCUCAAUGAACUCAAAUUCAGGAGAGUGUCAUGACGGACCGUAUGUUUAUAACAGUGACUCUACUGCAGCGUCAGGAGACUUUAAGUAUGUUGGUGACAAAACAUCAAACUGUACUUUAUUAAUAAGUAAUGUACAGUUCAAUCACUCUGGAGAGUAUAGAUUCAGAUUUAUAACUAAUGUCGAGAAUGGAAGAUGGACAGGUGACCCUGGAGUGAGUCUUAAAGUGGCAGUUGUGCAGGUGUCGAUGAUCAGACUGUCUGUAAAUGGGAAUCUAAAAGAAGGAGACUCUGUAAAUCUGACUUGCACUGUGAGCUGCACUCUCAGCUCUCCACAGUUUGUGUGGUUUCAGAAUACAGAGUGUUUACCUGAAUCAGGCUCUGUUCUUCACCUCCCUGCUCUGACUGUGAGGAACUCUGGGAAUUAUUCCUGUGCUUUGAGGAACUACAAGAACAUCACGUCUGAAAUGAUCAGCCUUGAUGUGGAAGGACAUUUCCCAGUUUUGGACAUUGUUUGGAUUGUCCUUGGAGUAAUUCUAUUUAUGCUACUUGUGGCUAUCUUAGCUGUAGUUUACAAAAGGAGGAAGAAGGCAAAAGCUCCAGAAGAAGACAUUAGAGGAAGUGACAGGGAAACCCAGGUUGGAGAAAGAACACAGGGUAAACAAACAAAGCUUCAGGAUAACCAUGUUAAUGAGGCUGCUGAAGCCGAGCUGCUGGAGGACGAAAUUACGUAUGCCUCUGUGUGCACAAAACCUAAAAAACCAAAAGAAAGGGAGGUAAACGCUCGAGAAGAAGAAGAGAACAGCAGAAGUGGCUGGAAAACCCAGGAUGAAGACGUGAUGUACGCUUCUGUGUCCAUCCAACCCACUAUACCUAAAAAAGGACCUGUCCACACUGUCCAAGAAGAUGAUUCCAUUAUCUACAGCGCAGUGAAGUCAAACUGA